AGGAGGAGAAUAUGGACGAUACUCAAACUUUGAACUAUAGUUGGAAAUCACGACAACUUUUAUCGGCUGCGAUGCCCAUUGAAAUUAUCAUUCAGCGACCCUGAACUUCUAUACUAUGCUGGAGUUACAAGCUGAAGCAUAUUUGAACUGAUUUCAUUUUUAGUUGUUGUGAUCGUAGUACAGUUGACGUUAUUUUUGAGUUCCACUCGUAGUAUCCAAGAUGGUAUUACAGCUACAGACUUUGAAUGUACAAGAAUAGUAACCAAGUGUGAUCCUACUUACGGUCACGACCGAUUUUCAUAUUAUGUAAACGUACCCGCGCCUAUCUGUAUCUAUUUCGUCAAGAUCAAGAACCACAGAGAAAAUAACUCCUACAAAGAUGAUCAAGGUAAACGUGAAGAAGAACAGCGAGAAGGAUUUAGUCGAGCGGAUCCGGGCCUUUCAACGCAGCACCGAGAACGGCAGUCGAAAAUGCGCGGACUGUACGCAAAUGGGCCCGACGUACGUCUGCUUUUUGGGGGAGGACUACCGGGUGUUCGUGUGCACGAGUUGUUCCGGGGUGCACCGAGAGCUGAAUCACAAGGUGAAAGGAAUAUCCGUGUCGAAAUGGACGCCAGAGGAAGUCGAUGACAUUGUGUCCAAGGGCGGAAAUCAGGUGAAAAGCGUUUGUUUUUUUGAUGCGGCAGCUCUUUUUUGCAACGAGUCGUGAUGUCCGUGCACCAGGAUCGCAAGUGCAGUGCAAAUUUUGACGCGAGCCUGCAGCUUUGGUUUUUCGCUACUACAAGAAAAUGAAAAGCGAGUUCGUAUGCGUAGCAUGGAUGUAAAAACCGAAACUGCGAAACAUCACAGCGAGCUGCAGGGUAUUUCUCUGCUGAGUGGAACCCACGAGACUACCCGGAGCCUGACUCCGGGGAUACCGCGAAAAUCCGGGAGUUUAUCCGGCUCAAAUACAAGGAUCGGAGGUAUACUAGCUUGUAGUCUGUAGAUGUUUGCUUGUUUUCCUACUGUCAAUGGCUAAACAUAGACUCGAAGCUUUGCAUGAAUAAAAGAACGAGAAAUAUGUCAAGCUCAUCCACUUUCUCCACUUCAGAUGGAUCCCCCGGGGCCCGAGCCACCACUCAAGCAACCGCGGCUCCUACAACAACUCCACCCCUGCUCACGCAUCGCGCACGACCGGCAAGUCCCCGCGCUCUUCGCCCUCCAAAAAUCGGCAGGGAGGACAGGUGGUUGACGAUUUCGACCCCAACGGAAAUUUCGGCAGCAACACUGGUGGAAACAACGACGCAGAUUUCGGGUUUUUCCCCUCAGAUAAUAAUCCGCCUCCACAGCAAACAAACACGAAAUCCACUUCUUCGUCGGGACCAGGAUUUAAUCCCAACUCGAGGACGCCAAGUAAGCAAAAGAAAGUUGGCGGGGGCGGGGGAGGUGAUUUCAUGGACGAUCUGCUCUCCAUGGACAUGUCGUCAGCGCAGCCGCAGCCGCCUGUUGGAAUGAUGAUGCAGCAGCCGCCGCCGCCACCGAGCGCACCCUUUCCAGGAGGUGGAAAUAAUGCGGUGUUAGGGAUGAACAACAGCAAUGCCAAUGCGUCUAAUUUCAAUGCGAUUAACAACAUGAUGGGGAUGAACAUGAACACGCCGGCAACCAGCUCAACAAGCGGGAUGAACAAUAAUAUGAACAACGCGGCAAUGGGUAGCAUGAAUAUGAUGGGGAUGAGCACUGGCAUGCAAAAUAAUCCAAUGGCCGGUGGAAUGGCUAACAUGGGCAACAACAUGAUGGCCCAGAACAACAUGCAGCAAAACCAGAAUAACCCCAUGGGAAACAUGGGUUUCGGCGGCACACCGCAGCCGCCGCCACCGCCUCCGAGCAACAUGAUGCAGCAGCAGCAGCAGUCCUCGAAUAUGAGUGCAAUGAACAACAUGAACAUGAUGCAGUCCGCUCCCGGUUUUCCCCAACAGCAGCAGCCCGGCUUUCCCCAACAGCAGCAAGCGACGCCAAGUGCUGGCGGCUUUGGAUUCCCGCAAAGUUCACCCAUGCAGCAGCAGCAGCCGCAGCAGCAGCAGACUAUGCCUGGCGCAACUUCUAUGGGAGGAGCGGGCAGCAUGUCUGCAAUGCAGCAGAUGCACACGACGCCACAGAUGGGCGGUGCAGGAGGUGGUGCAAUGAUGCAGAUGCAGCCGCAGCAAAGAUCAUCUCCACAGCAGCUCACAAGCAGCGAGCCCAUGAUUGGGCAGGGCGCGAUGAACAUGGGCGGCAUGAUGCAGCAGCCGCAAAUGGCAGCAGGAGCGCAGCAGCAAUUCCAGCAACCUGCGAUGUCUGCUUAUGGCAGCACCGCUGCCACCAGUACCCCAACCCUGCAGUUCCCGUUAGGCGGGCAAGCGGCCAGUGGCGGCCUACCAGCAGGAUUUGGCGGCAUGCCAGGAGUAGGUGGACCACAAGCAGUGAUGAAAUCCCCUUCCUCAAAAGGCACAACCGCAACCGUCGGCGGAGCAACGAGCUCGAGCUCUUUGGCGGGUGGGGAGGAUGUGUUCGCCGGCUUGAUGGCGGCAAAUGCGUCGAUAUUGCCAGCGCGUGACUUCACUAGGAUACGGAACCCGUACUCCGGCAUGUUCCAGGAUCCGGCCAUACAGAGUACAGAUUUUGAUCAAGAAAAUGUUUCGUGAGUUUUGAUAAAUGAGGCACUUCAAGACUUCUACGGUUCUCAUUCUCUGUAUGCAGGGGAAACAACGCCACUUGUCUUGUUGUAGGUUCGAUAGAUACGUUUGACCACCACUCAUGACGCCACUUUGCUGCACAUUUAUCAGGUGGCAAUCCUUUCGAGACAAUCAGUGUCCCUUCAUUGACCGAAGAUGCCGUGAAACUCCUUUCCGCCGACCAGUGCCGUGAACUUUCCGCACGAAUGACCCAGCAGAUGCAACAACUGCAGGAACAUAUCCAAAUGCAGCAGGAGCAACUGGCAAAGCAGAUGAAAAAUAAUCCCUUCGUGCAGCAACCGGGAGGCGGGCAGGCCGGGCAGGGAACUACUUCUGGAAGCUCUGCGAAUAAGUUGAGCCCGGGCGCCGGCCUGGGGGCGAUGGUAAUGAUGAAAGAUCAUGGAGGCAGAUUUUCAAAACGUUUUUCCACAUUUCGCUUUCCCAUGCAUCUUUUCUAGCAUACAACGUUUAUUGUCUGAUGGUGAUGCCUCGUGAUAUGCACGAAGAACAUACAAAUGAACACAAAAAUACAGGGAGUCCCUGGCAACACUGGGAUGAACCCGUUUCUCGAGGCCGCGUCUGCCGCUCCACAGCAAACGGGCGGUGGCGGUGGAAAUCCGUUUUUGGAUAUGGGCGGCCCGCCAAAUUCUAUCGCGACCAAUACAGGUGGUGCAGCAGCAGCAGCCAACAGCAUGGGAAAUCCGUUUGAUUUGUUCUCGUGAUGAGGAUGCAGUAGUGCUGCACUUUACGCAAGACUAUGAUGACUAUUCACGCGCGACUUUCUCAAUUCACUCUCAUCUUGACUAUUGUACGUGAUUCACGUUCAUCACGACUUGUACUUCUUACUGCGGACACCAUUGUAAAAAAACUAAAGAAUAAACUGCAGUACGCCACUACUUACAAAAUGUCACUCCACCUAGUGAAUGAUACGAUAAAGAGGUGCUCUGUAUUACCCCGUAGCUAAUCGCUUUCGGCGACGACUACUUCCAGUUCUACCCACGCGUAUCAGAAAACUAUCUUGGACCACGACACUCCUGCUAGCUUGAAUGAAACCACCGCACAAGCGAAAAUCACUGUACUUGUAACGGGCGCCGAGGAGCAUAUUAAUGUGACCCGCUGCAUUCAGACACCGGGAUGAUUUCUUUAGCGGUCAAGUACUUGCUGGCACUGCGAAAAAA